AUGGAGAACAAAUUUGCCAUAUUAUUAGCCAAACUACAAAAGGUGGAUGAGAAGAAGCAAAUAGAUGAGGAUGUAGUGGAGAAGAUGGUGGAUGACAACCUCAAUGUUGAUGAUAAUAACAACAAGGUUAUGGAUGAGGAUGACAAGAUUGGUGAUAAUGAUAACAACAAAAAGGUUAUGGAUGAAGAUGAGAAGCUUGUGGAUGAUGAGAAGAUGGGGAAGAAGCUCGAGGAUGAUGACAAUGUCAAAGAAAGCAACAAAAACGUUAUGGAUGAAGAUAAGAAGAUGGAUGAAGAUGAAAAACUUGUGGAUGAUGAGAAGAUGUGGGAGAAGCUGGAGGAUGAUUACAAUGUCAAAGAAAGCAACAAAAAGGUUAUGGAUGAAGUGGGGAAGAAGGAUGAAGAUGACAAAGUCAAUGAUAAUAACAAUAAAACUGUGAAGUCGAAGAAGUUAAUGUUUGGCAAUGACAAGGAUGACAAUGAUAAACCAAUAUUGAAGGAAGAAACGGUCGUUCAAAUUAUGCGCAGAAAGAAGAGGAGCAUAAAACUUAAAAGUGAUACAUGGAAGGAUGUAUUGAAAGAAGAGGAUGCCAUUGUGGACAAUGUAUUGGAAAUAGAGAAGGAGAAAGAGAAGGAGAAGGAGAGGGAGAAGGAGAAGGAGAAGGAGAAGACUAUGAUGAGGCAGACUCGACAACAGAAGAAGAUGGAGGUGCAAGAGGAUGAUGAUGAUCCACUUAAACAAUUGAACACUCCAAGAGCAUCAUAUAUGAUAUCAAGUAAUUCUGCAUAUGUAGUAUUUUGGGGAACCAUCAUAUAUUUGCAUGAAUUUGAUUCAACUUGA